UCUGCUCUUACUUGCGCUGUGAUAUGGAGUGCAGAGAAGAUCUCAAGUCGAUCCUCCCAUUCCUUCCCUUCAUCCUCCGCUCCUCCUCUCUCUUCUGGCCGUCGAAAGCUCUCGAUUCCCUUAAAGCCCUUGCCCUCGGUCCUGAUCUCAGUCAUGUCAACUCCGGUGAGAUUCUUUUUGACGCUAUUAUCGAUAUUAGAGACUCCCUUGGCCUCUCCCACGAGCGAUUGGCUCCCAACGCCGUUGAUGGCUACUCUCUUUUCUUCGACGAGUUGAUGUCGAGGGCGGACUCGAGGUUCUGGUUCAGUGAGGUCGUGCCGAAGCUGGCGAGUCUGUUGCUGCGACUGCCGUCUCUUCUGGAAGCGCAUUAUCGGGAAUCUGAUGUGAAUUUCGGAAAAGGGAAGGCAGGACUUCGUUUGAUGGAUCAGCAGGAUGCAGGGAUUGUAUUCCUUAGUCAGGAGUUAGUGGCUGCUCUUCUUGCUUGUGCACUAUUUUGCCUAUUUCCUACUAGUAACAGGACCAGGAAAUUUCUUCCAACCAUCAAUUUUGAUCAUCUGUUUGCAUCUGUUCAUCCUCAUUGCAACCAAAGUCAAGAAUACAAGAUCAAGUGCCUUAUUCACUAUUUUGAGAGGAUAUGUCAAAGCAUGCCCAAAGGCCUUGUCUCUUUUGAACGGAAACUUCUUACUCUCAGCCAGGGUGGCAAUGUUGUUUCCUAUCCAGAUGCAGCCUUUUGGAAGGAAUCUACAAUUCCUUUGUGUUCAUUUGAGGCUUUUACCUCAGGCUCUAUAGAAGACCAGCAACAUGAAGCUCUUGAAGUUGAUUUUGCCAAUGAAUACUUAGGUGGUGGUGCUCUUCACUUGGGUUGCGUCCAGGAAGAGAUCCGCUUCAUGAUCAAUCCAGAGUUGAUUGUGGGGAUGCUUUUUAUGGUCUCCAUGCAGAAGAAUGAAGCUAUAGAGGUUAUUGGUUCAGAACGGUUUUCAAAUUACACUGGGUAUGGUUCCUCAUUCCGUUUUGUUGGUGAUUGUGUGGAUAAAAAGCCAUUUGAUGCCACUAAUAGACGAAAAACAAGGAUAAUAGCAAUAGAUGCUCUCCAAUGUCCGGGAAAAUGGCAAUAUGGAAUUGAUUGCAUUUUGAGAGAAAUAAACAAGGCGUACUGUGGUUUUUUUGAUCAAUCAAAAUAUAAAAGCUAUAAGAAGAAUUUUCAGGACGCUUCCCCUCAUAAAAAGGGUCUCAGCCAGGACGAAGCUCUCACCAUUGCCAGCAAUGAUCACAAUGAUUCCAGUGAUGCAUCAACGCAAACUCGGGAUCCUGUUGCUUCUUCUGAAGGCCCGAGUGCCAGUAAGUUAAGUAUUGCCUCUGAGACCUCUCCGGAAGAUAUUGGAAUAGCAACUGGUAACUGGGGCUGUGGUGCUUUUGGUGGAGAUCCAGAGAUCAAGUGUGUAAUUCAAUGGCUUGCUGCAUCUCAGGCAUUGAGGCCUUUUAUGCAUUAUUAUACGUUUGGAACAACUGAAUUGCAGAAAUUGGAUGAGGUAUCUCACUGGAUCUUAUCACAUGGUUGGACUGUAGGAGAUCUAUGGAGCAUUCUGAUUGAAUACUCCACACAAAGAAUAAACAGGGAAACUAACGUUGGUUUCUUCAGCUGGCUUUUACCAUUGAAUGAGGCUCUGCAUCACAUGUCUGAAUAAUUCAGGAUUUAGGGUUUGUCUCUGCAUCAGCUUUUUCAUUUUAAGCAGUCAUAAUUUAGUUUCAUACAAAUAUUUUGUCUGUAGAUCUAUUUGUAACAUUUGGCUUUGUAGGAUGAGAAUUGGGUUUGAAUUUUAUAGUCAUAAUAUUUAUUUUUAAAUAAAUGUAACGUAAAUUUUGACUGAUUA